UCGCCGGAAUCGACUCUCAAUCUCAUCUCUCUGUCUGCUCUAUUUCUUGGCACAGCGGGAGGCGGCAGCAACGUGCACGAGUUGGACCCGAAUACGAACGUGAACAGCCAGCCCUCCGACACGAAGCCCGUCGACCACAGGCCCAACGGCAACGAGGUGGUCAUCAUGAGCGAGGACGAUCGCACGUCGAGCUUCUUCUCGCAGCCGGGAAUACUGGCGGCUGUCAUUGGCGGUGCCGUGGUUGGCCUGCUCUGCGCCAUUCUCGUGGUGAUGUUCAUCGUAUACCGCAUGCGGAAAAAGGACGAAGGCUCCUAUGCCCUGGACGAGCCGAAACGCUCGCCGGCCAACAAUUCCUAUGCGAAAAAUGCGAACAAUCGCGAGUUCUACGCCUGAGAUAAUGGCACAUCGCGCAGGUAUUAAAUGAGCCGCGAGUGAGGAUCCAGCCGGAUGGAGAUCCAUCUGGAACGGGAUCUGGAUCUAAACGGAGGGGAGAUGACGGCUCAUCUCAAUACACUGUGCGGAGUGCAAAGUGCGGACGGAGCAGCGCCAUCAGCAGCCAUCUGCCACAAUGAAUAAUCAUCUGCAACAGCAACAGCAACAGCAACAGCAACAGAAACAGCAACAAAACUAACACAAAUUCAAUGGAAAUCGAAGGCAUCGUUGGGUCACACACAACUUUUCGUUGAGGGGUAAACGCAAAAAAAAAAUGCAUAAAUUCGAGAGGAAAAUAAAUUCAGAACUUACCUGUAAGCUAAUGCCGGACGGAUAACGGAGGAGGGCGACUUUUCUAAUUAAGUACAUUUUAAGCGACGAAAACAAAAGGAACCCAAUAUCAAAUAUGAAUGGAAACGCACGCAAAUCGUGCGAAGUCUAAUAUAUAAUUAAUAUAUAUUAUAUGCAUAGUGAAACCAAUAUAAGGGCGGGAAAAAUUAAGCGAAUUAAUUAUGAAUUACGAGUAUGUAGAGCAAAGACCGGAGGAGAGCGAGAAAUAAUACCUAUUAUACCACACCACACCCACGACACAGGCGCAUCCGACUUCAUGGAUGGACAGUUCUGUGGAUGGAGACAGAUACAGACAUACACACAUUUAUGAAUAUACGAGUAUAUGUUAGCUGAAUAAUGGAAGCGAAUUGGAUAUAUCACGAUAUAGUAUACCCAAACUCGAAAGAGCAGAGCCGAUGUUCGUUUGCGCCAUCGAUUCACACCACGAAAAACAGAAUGAAAUAUAAUCCGUUGGGAAUAAUUAUACAAAUUGCGAAUUGGACGGCAUGAAAAAAUGUUUUUAAGUUAUACAUAAGCAAAACUAUGUAAUUAUUAGUGUAAUUCCUAAAAAAAAAAAAAAACGAUAAACAGAACACAAGGAAAAAUGCAAAAAAAAAAAAAACAAAAACUAAAAUAGAAAAACGAAAAACACUAAAUGAAGCAAAAAACAGAAUACGAACACUCUCUGAACCUUCCUGGCAACUAUAGAAACUGAAAAGUAAAGAAAUUCAGAGAACUAUUUCUACUUUUUUCUAGAAAACACACAAAAACAUGAAUAUUUAUUGAAAUUGAGAAUGAAAUUGAGACCAUUAUAUGUCUAGAAAGCGAUUGCACAUUAAUUUAGAACUCCAUAUGGGUUUGAGAGCUAUUCGGCCAGUUCUUCGCUCGACUCCACUGCUUCUUCCAUGGCUAAGAAUCAAAAUCGGAUUACGCAUUGAUUAUUGUGCAUUUAUUUAGUUUUUACGUUCGCUGUCAAUGACAAAUUUUUUAGUUGUGCGAAGUACGAAACACAACGCAAGCCAAGCCAAUCCAAUCCAAUCCAAUCCAAUACCCCAAGCAAUAGUAAAAAUUACUUGUUAAGUUUACAAUUGAAAUGAAACGCAAUCCAGAAGGAAAUGUUAACGACUCAGCCCUCAAAUUAGCUGCAAUACUUGUUUAAUUGUUAGUCAACCCAUAUUCUCUUCAGCUCUCAUGCCAUAUUUUCAUUGCGAAAAGAAGUUAUAAGAACGAAAAAUACUAAUACAUAAUACAUAUAUAUAUACAAGUAUAUAUAAUUAGCAACAUAAAUCAAUUGUGUGUGUGUAAUUGUGUGUAAUGCAUAAAUAAUUAAUUAAACAUAAACAUACAUACUACUACUGCGACAACAGAGCGUGCACCAAAGGGGGAGGGAAGCUCUCGAAGAACAUCAUCAUCGGUAUCGGUAUACGCAUACAGCAUACAGCAUACAGCAUGUACGUGCAUAUGUAUGUGUAUGUACUCGUACUUCCCCCAAAACCUAAGCCCAACUGAAACUCACACAAAAAAGAGAACAACAGCCACAGGAACAGCAGCAACAACAGCGACAACAAGAACUAAACCUUUUUCUGACUACAACUUUUUCUACACUGUAUAAAACGCAACUGCAACUCUUUUGAUAUGUACAAGUACUAUGUUUGUCCUUCUCGACCCAUAGUACCUUUUUGUCAAAUUUUACAUCAAGUUUUUUUUUGCUACUUUAUAAGCGUUUAGUUUGUUAGUUUUUUAAAUGCGCUGAAUGUACUGAGAAAUUGGUUUUGAUUUGCUAAAUAAACUGGUAUAAAACUAA